AUGUUGAAGACUUUGACCUUUGUGCAAAACGUGUCGUCCAUUCGACACAACUAUACGUCGACCAGAAAUGCGCUGAAGAUUGGGAGUGAGACGAAAGUGAUAUGUCAGGGCAUCACUGGUAAGCAGGGCACUUUCCACUCGAAACAGGCCAUCGAGUACGGCACCAGAAUGGUCGCAGGGGUGUCACCCGGCAAAGGGGGUCAGACACACCUCAACCUUCCCGUCUUCAACACUGUCCGAGAGGCGGUGGACAAGACGGGCGCGAACGCGACCAUAAUCUAUGUGCCGCCACCGGCAGCCGCUAAGUCCAUACACGAAGCAUUGGAUGCGGAAAUACCUCUGAUUGUGUGCAUUACGGAAGGCAUCCCACAGUUAGAUAUGGUUAAAGUGAAGAACAGACUCAUCAACCAAAGCAAGAGCCGACUCAUUGGUCCCAACUGUCCGGGUAUUAUCAAACCGGGCGAGUGUAAGAUCGGUAUAAUGCCCGGACACAUACACUCCAAGGGCAAGAUCGGGAUCGUCUCCCGUUCGGGAACUCUCACCUACGAGGCGGUACACCAAACAACUCAAGUGGGUUUGGGUCAGUCCUUAUGUAUCGGCAUCGGAGGCGACCCUUUCAAUGGAACCAAUUUUAUUGAUUGUCUCGAAAUCUUUUUGAAAGACAACGAAACCAAAGGAAUCAUUUUAAUCGGAGAAAUCGGUGGAAAUGCUGAGGAAUUGGCGGCCGAAUACUUGACACAAAACAAUUCGGGUCCCAAUUCCAAGCCUGUCGUCUCGUUUAUUGCUGGUCUCACUGCACCGCCCGGUCGUCGUAUGGGUCACGCGGGAGCCAUCAUUGCUGGCGGGAAGGGCGGCGCUCAGGCCAAGAUCGACGCCUUAGAGAGUGCCGGCGUUACAGUCUCGCGAUCGCCGGCACAGAUGGGGUCAGCCCUUCUCCAGGAGAUGAAGAACAGAGGACUCGCAUAAUGUCUUGCAAUCGAUUAGAUUUUCUAUAAUUAAUAUUGAAUUUUGCGAAUAAAACAAUAUUUAUGUUAAUUAUAAUAUAAGACUCGAUUUUAACAGAAUUUCGUUAUAACUAUUGAUAUAAAAGUUGUUGAAUAGGAAAG